AUGUUGGGAUGUUGAACGCAGCACUAAUCGAGGAAGGUUACAUGUACACAGAUAUACAUGUCAACAGUUCAGUGGGUUUAACGCGUUGGUCGAGCGGCAUAAGGACUCAGCAACAACAUAGUAGGUUUAUUUUGCAGCACAUCGUGCAUUUGUCAGUCGUCGAUGGGCAGGGCUAUGCUCCUCCAGAGGUGGCUCGGUCCCACCCUGCUGUCAGCCGGCCACCGUUCUGCAGGAGGGAGGAAACAGACGCCGUUCACCCCCAAGCUGAAACACGUGUCUCUCUUUAGGAGUCCCAGCAGCAGACACGGCAUGGCGGAAGAAGCGAAGAAACUAGCAGGCUAUGCUGCGGUGGAUAAUCAUGUUCAGAGUCACUCAAUGCUUCCAAACUCUCCUUGUCCCCCGACGGCCAUUAAGCUGGAGCCUCUCCUCCCUCUGCUACAUCUUUCGGGGCAGUUUUUUGUGAGACACCGCGGGUUUUACAGUCUUCUCGCUGUAUCGAACAACCAGGUGGUUGGAGUGGGCAGUGGAUCCACCAUUGUGUAUGCUGUAGACAGACUAGCGGAGAGAGUUCGUCAGGAGAAACUCAACAUAGUGUGUGUCCCCACCUCCUUCCAGGCUCGUCAGUUGAUUCUGCAGCAUGGUCUAACCCUGUCUGAUCUGGAUAGACACCCAGAGCUGGACGUGGCCAUCGAUGGGGCAGACGAGGUGGAUGCUGCUCUCACACUCAUCAAAGGAGGAGGAGGCUGUCUGACUCAGGAGAAGAUUGUAGCCGGCUGUGCCAAACACUUCAUCGUCAUCGCUGACUUCAGGAAGGAUUCCUCGGUCCUGGGUCAGCAGUGGAAGAAGGGUGUUCCUAUUGAGGUGAUCCCUAUGGCCUACGUCCCCGUCUCCAGGACUAUAGCCAAGCGCUUCGGAGGGGAGGCAGUACUCCGCAUGGCCGUCAGUAAAGCUGGUCCGGUGGUAACAGACAAUAGUAACUUCAUUCUGGACUGGAAGUUUGAACACACUCACAACUGGAAGGAGGUCAAUAUCGCUAUCAAGAUGAUUCCAGGUGUGGUAGAGACAGGUCUGUUUGUGGGGAUGGCAGAGCGGGUGUACUUUGGGAUGGAGGAUGGUAAUGUUGGGGUUAGAGACCCUCCAGUCAACUGACCUGAGCCCUGCUCCACCUGGAACCAACCAGCACCACCCCCUCCACCUGGAACCAAC